GAAUCAUCCAUUCCACUCAUCCUUCCAGGAAAUGUAAUCAACCGCAGAGUGUCAGGAUCACAGAUCGGUUGAAGGGAGCUGUUGUUAAGCUAAAAUGUCUUUCACCCGGUUAUUAUCUAGAGCUGCUCUUGUUAGCAAAGUUGGAUCCAGGUCUAUUUUCCAAAGCUCCAAAGUGGACAUUUCUAAACCUAACUGGAUCAGAGUGGGCCUUGCCUUUGGAUCAACUGCUUUCUUGUGGGGCCUGCUCUUUAAGCAGAACAGUGCAGAUCUACAUGAGUACAGAGUGAGGAAUGGCCUGGAAUAACCCCCCCACAAUGGUAUGAUGCAGCUGAUCGUCCACGUCUUUGUAUUCCCACUCUCCCUGAUUCUUCACUCUCACUUUGUGUCAAAUAAAAAAGUAUCAUGUGAAAUGUA